ACGGUUGUGGCCCCAACGCCUCCUCCGCGGCCUUUUGGCCUUUUUUUUAACUCCCAGUGAAUUUGGGGCAGCUUUGCUUUGCAUUUUGUCCUUGUCGUUGCUGGAGUGGUAAGAUUUCCCGCAGAGCCGCUCCGGCCCGCUUGGGGCUUCCUCAGGUGGUGAAACCCGCGGGGUGCGGAUCUGGGCCGAGCCAGGGGAGCGCGGCGGGGGCACCAUGCCUUCAACCUUCUCCGAGUGGUGCCUGGGGCGCCUGCUGCUGCUACUGCUUCUUGGCACCAGCGUCUCGGGCGGGAACCCUGCAGAUCCAGCUAUGACAACACAAGAUUCAAGUCAGACACAGGUGAAUUCUGUCACUAAGAUGCAACCUGGACAUGAAUCAUCUGGUCCUCAUGUUGCCACACAAGAGCUCAAGCCAGCAAGCAAGGAGGACUCAGUAUAUGAGAUAGUCCUAUCUGGUGCUCCAGUGGAAAAAAAUAUCUCUGUAGCCAGUCCAACUAAAGUUGAACUUAUAUGCAAAUUAGGUGAGGAUUCCAGUCUGAAAAAUCCUCAAGUGACUUGGAAAAAGGGAGGUGAAACAAUCAGUCACACCACUAAAACUCAGAACAGCUGGAGCAUCCAACUGACCAUCUCAGAAAGCAGUCAGCUGGGAAGUUACACUUGUAUUCUGAAAGGUGAAAAAGAACUCACUGCUACAUUUCAUUUGCAUGUACCCAAGACUGAAGGAAGAGAAAAACCUGUUAUCACUUAUAUAGGAGAUACAGCUGUAAUGGUUUGUAAAACUGAGUAUAAUGCCAAGGCUUGGACCUGGUAUAUGACCAAUGGAACUGAGCUGGCUCCCAUUAAUACGAUUUUGCAUACUGACAAGUUUGAAAUUAUGAGAAAAUCUGCCAAAGUAAGCCGUCUGGAGAUUUUCAAGCUCUCAAAGAAAGAUCGUGGUGUAUAUUGGUGUGAAGCUGUGUUUGAUUUAGGGAGCAGUAAAGCAAGGUUUGAACUUAAAGUUCUGUCCAUCUCAGCACCUCUCAAACCUUUUAUAGCAGUUGUGGCUGAAGUUGCUAUCCUCGUAACUACUAUUGUCCUCUAUGAGGUGUAUUCAAAAAGGAAAGGAAAAGUAAAUCAGAAGAAAACAUUGCUGGGAGAUCCAAGUAGUUCUAGGCAGAGAAGUAAACCUCAAAAAGUAAGUAAGAGGUUUCUUGAAAGGAGAUUUAAGCCAAGAGAAGUGGAAAACAUCACAAAGCUACAGAAGAUGUAUGCAACUAUGCAUUUUAAACAUUCACUGUGUUUUGAAGUCCUCUACAUUUGAGUAAUAAGAUACUUUUAAAAUAGCUCUGAAACUACUCAUUUUAUACAGAUAAUGAUAUACUGUAUUUAGAAAUUUAUCUGUAGCGGGUAGUUUUUUACAUGAUUAGGCUUACUGUUGGUUUGUGAUUGGUCAGUUUGAUCUCUGUUUCCCAGACUGAAACUAGUGUUUUAUUUGCUGAAUAAAUGGUUAAUAUAGGGUGUGCAUAUUAUCUGAGUGUUAUAAAACUGGACAUACAAGGUCACAAAAAGUAUUUCCUCCAAAGAAAGUGCCUUUUUACCAGCUGAUGAAGCAACUGUGGUGCAGUCAGUUUUACCAAAGAAAUGGUGUAAGGGGAAUCUUCAUCAGAACUUAAAUGAAACAAUUAAGAAAGUUGUUAUUUACUCAGAAUAGUAAAAUGUCUUCAUUCUAACUUUCCUUGGCUUUGUUCUCAGUUCUACUGUAUUGUAGUCCUUAGUAGGCUAAAGAUUUCGAUACCAUGCUACUCAGGUAUUUCAGAGUAAAUAAGUACUGGGUGUACAGUACUUUUUCAGACUAUAACUGCAAUAAUUCCUUAUGCCUUAAAAAAAAUUUUCGCACUCUCUGGACCUGAAAAGCCAGUUUGGUUAUUAUAAUUUAUAUGGAAUGCUGAAUUUUCAGGAAUAUACCUAUGUAUGCUUCUGGUCAUA